AACUUAAAUACGUGACGAUCGGUUUGAGGGUUAGCUGGAUUGAAGUCUGCAGGAAAAGAGGGUAUGAGGGCGGGAGAAGAGUUUUCAGAGCUGGCGGAUCUGGGUGGCUACGGCGGUCGAGGAUGGAGCAGCCGAAGCAGCAGAAGCACUGCUCGGAUCCCGGCGGAAGCGGAAGAUGCCCUCGGGCCGAACGGCAGUCCACGUGGCCAUGCCAGAUCCCGCUCUGGACUAUACUAUUCACCCCCUGGUACUUCCUAUACCAUCGUCGAAAGGCCUUCUUCGGCAAUGUACCAUCACAGGGAUCGGGAAUAUGCUAGCACCGGAUCGCAACAAUACAAUAAUCCAGGACCCAGAGGCACGUAUUUGGGUUCGAAUCCGAACUUCCGUAGCACUCCAAGUAACAACAAGAAGCGGCCAAUAUCGCCGGAACAGGUCCUUCGUUUGUUCAACAACCAAUCCAACUCGAAAUUGAACGUGGAAAGGCCGAGGAGGUCACCAGCCAGCAGCCCUCCUUCGACCACCCACAACUACCGCGUUCCAUAUGGUCCGACAGUUCACGAGCUUUCCACAAGAACAGUGACCAUGGUCAGAGAACCAACAGACGCACACGGCUUCGGGAUUUGCGUGAAGGGUGGAAAAGACGCAGGUGUAGGUGUAUAUAUUUCAAGGGUCGAAGAGGGAAGCGUCGCGGAAAGGGCGGGACUUCGACCCGGUGAUUCUAUACUCGAAGUUAACGGCACUCCUUUCACCGGGGUAUCGCACGAAGAUGCUCUUAAGAUGAAACAAUCAGUAAUUGCGAUGCUGAAGUCCUGCAGGAAGUUAAGUAUGACAGUGAAGUCUCCGACUGUUCCCGGUGGUCCUGGAUUUGGCGGAGCGUCGUGGCAUUUGCGGCAGACUUGUUCCUGGAUGGACCGACAAGGACGACCCGUUUCGCCGCCUUUGGAGUAUUCCAGGACGGGUGUUGUGCCUCCGCAAAGAUACGGCUAUGGAAGGGCUUCCAGUAAAGAUAGAAACGUCAGACGUGUUGAUUUAUGCAUAGAGCCUGGCCAGAGUUUAGGGCUGAUGAUUAGAGGCGGCGUGGAAUAUAAUCUUGGAAUUUUCGUGACGGGAGUGGAUAAGGAUUCGGUCGCAGAUAGGGCCGGUCUCAUGGUGGGUGAUCAAAUAUUGGAAGUGAAUGGACAAUCUUUUAUGGACGUAACCCACGACGAAGCUGUAUCUCAGCUGAAGUACCACAAAAGAAUGUCUCUUUUGGUCAGAGAUGUUGGGAAAGUUCCUCAUUCGUGUACAGCUUAUGACAGAGAUUGGGAUUUGUGCAGUCCCGGAUCGAGAGCAGCUCAGACUACAAGGAAAUGGGCUGCGGCGUUGCAGAUGGUUGAGGAGAAGGCAAGGUGCAUUCUCUCGAAGCCGGAAUUCACGACGCUAUGUUAUUAUACUGACGAAUAUUCUGCUAGACAUAUGACCAUAGAUGCCUUCGUUCAAUUUAUGACUGAAUUACUAAAUACUCCAGAAAAGUACACUUUAAUGAUAGAACUAAGAGAAAUCGUAGCUGUUGAAGAUAGAGCGCGUUUUGAUGAAUUGGUGUACAGAAGAGAAAUGGAUCCGUUGAGAGGUCGGGAUCCGAGGGAACAUGAUUACAGACAUUCCAGGAGAAAAGGAGGUGUACCAGACUCGAAUCAUUCCAUAAUGAUGUCCGGCGGUUACCAAGAGGAAGUUGGUUCUGAACCUGUAUAUAGUACUUAUAAUGAGGAAGAAUAUCGAUCACCGAGCGAAGAUUCAGGUGUUGGUAUGGGUAUUGCUGAUCGAGCGCAAAGAACUCGGCCAACGGUUAAUUCCGGAAAAGUAAUAACAACAGAAGAUCACCAGAAUCAGGAAUACUGCAGCGGCGAUGAGGAUAAUCCUCCUGGAACACGCAGCAGAAGACAUUCGAGUCCCGGCGAAUCUAGAACCGGAAGUGCGACGGCUUUACAUCAGCCGGACUAUCCAGACUCGGAUCAGAGCGGUUACCUUGGCGGCCUGCGCUCGAGCUUGGGCGGGUGGACACAGAAAGUCAAGUCUUGGUACUGGGGCAGACCACUCGAAUUGGCCCAUAAACUCUCUAGGAGCUUUGAUAUGAAAGAUGAUCAGGCGCUGUUGGAGGGCGAAGGCGGAUUGAGGCGACACCAGUCUAUGCAAAGAUUGGCUCGCGGUGACACCGGAAUUCAGGAUAGUCCUAGGGUCGUCCCAGAUUCUGAAGGAAAUCUUAGAGUCACCGUGAGGAAGACCAAACCGAUCUUGGGCAUCGCUAUUGAAGGUGGCGCGAAUACCAAACAUCCUUUGCCCAGGAUUAUUAAUAUUAAUGAAAAUGGAGCAGCGUAUUGUGCGGGCGGUUUGGAAGUGGGUCAAUUGAUUCUUCAGGUUGACGGAAAUUCGGUGGAAGGUCUUCAACAUCAAGAUGUGGCGCGUCUCAUAGCAGAAUCUUUCGCGAGACGGGACCGCGAGGACAUUGAGUUCUUGGUGAUCGAGGCGAAGAAAAGCAACAUGGAGCCAAAACCGACGGCUCUGAUUUUCCUGGAAGCUUAACAUUUGCUUAGCCUCCCCCCUAGUGACCCUCCGGGGCCCCUCACCGACUGAACUAUCAAACUCAAUGAACACACACAUAUCACUCGAACACACGGGUCACCAUUGAAACCUUUGAAUCGAAGAUUUAAGUGCUUCAAUGGUGCAGUAGUUGCAAAAGGAAAUGUGUCCUUUAUUUAGAGCUUGAUACCAAAUAUAAUAUGCAUUAAAACCAUUAACAAAACGUUAAAUCAUUGAACAAAAAAAAAGAAGAAGAUGUUAAUUGUUGUGUACAGCUUUAGUGAAUUUGAAAUUAAAUACUAUAAGUAUAAAUAGUAUUAAAAAAAAUAAUAAAUAACGAACGCUUUCAUUGUAAAACACUCACACACUAAUGGUUUGGCUAUGCAUAUUAUAAUAAUUCUCGGUGAACUUAGCGAAUACACUAGAAGGGAGGCACAAAUGAAUCUAAAUAUAAAUAUAUAUUUAUUAAGCAAUGUAUAAAUAUAUAAGAAAGUA